GGUGCGCCUUAAUAAUACAGGCUCAGCUGCUUAAUUAAGUUGGUGGCCUCUUUGCCCAACGGCUCAAAGGAUUUAAAAACUUGUUGGUGUCAUGUAGAAUACAUUGUAUUUCGUCAGCAGCGUACAUUGUACUAAGCACACUGUAAUAAGCCGCUGCGGCAGUGGUGGGAGACUGUGGGCCGUGAUAUCUUAGGGUUUUGACUUUCUCAGCGCACCAUAUCGUUCCAAAAUGGGAAAUCUUCUGGGCCGGACGAAAAGUCCAAAGAAAGUCCCGUCCCGAGUAACCGAACAGGAUCGAAUCGUGCUACAGAUGAAACAGCAACGUGAUAAGCUGAAACAACACCAGAGACAGCUAGAGACUCGACUAGAAAAGGAACGACAGGUGGCCAGUCGGCUAGUCAAAGAGGGCAAAAAGGAGCGCGCAUUGAUAAUACUUAAAAAGAAGAAGUAUAUGGAAAAAAUUAUUGAAAAAACAGAAAACCACCUCGAGAAGAUCGAGCGGCUAACUCGGGACGUCGAGUGGGCUCAGAUUGAAGUGAACGUUGUCCGAAAUCUAGAACAGGGCAACGAAGCCUUAAAAAGCUUAACUGCACUUAUAAAUCUUGAUGAUAUUGAAAAAAUGCUUGACGAAACCCGCGAUGCGGCCGAGGUGCAAAGAGAAAUCAGUGAUCUCAUCAUUGGUGUGGCACCCGAAAUCGAGGUGGAUGAUGACGCUCUUUUGUCUGAACUGGAUGAACUGAUUAAAGUUGAACAACCCGCUGUCGAACCAAAUGAGCCGGAGAAGAUUCUCAAAUUGCCGGAGGUUCCCGCAGGCGACAUCGAGCAUGAGCCCUCGGAGAUUAUUCUUCAAAGAAACAAAAACAAAUCACAAAAAGAGCUUGAAAUGGUGCCUGCGUAGAACAAGAUCCUCUGGCACUACUUUUCAAGCCAUUACAUUUUCUAUAGCUUGUCAUUUUAUCGCGAAAACCCGAGAUCUCAAGAAGGGCAGAGCGGUAAGAAUAGAAAAGUGGAAACGUUUCAGUGAUGAUAUGAACUGAAUUACAGAAUCUUAGGAAAAACAAAGCGUAAUUUUAAUCUCGAUUGACUUAUUUUCUUAUUUUUAGGAACCACGGACGCAACAGACACAUUCACAUGCGUUCACACACGUGAACAUAUAUAGGCUCAAAAAAGACAAAGAAAAAUGUUUAGGGAAUG